GUGGGUCGGUGGGGGGUGAUACAGGAGCCGCGCAGCGCUGAGAUUCAUAUCAGGGACUAAUCCUCAGAGAAAUUGUUAUUGUCUUCUGGAUUCUGUUCUGUGUUGUGAUGCAACAGAGCGCCGAGUGUGCGCUCAUCCUGUUCCACAAGACCGGUCUGGUUUGAGAUUGCUCAUCUGGCAGCAGGUGGAGUGACAUGUGGACCGGGGAAGAAGUCACCCGCUCCUCCCCGUGAUUGGCAGCUAAACAGUUAGUUAAGGUGCUCGCUCCGGACAUUAGAGGCGAGGAAAAGUGACAAGGGACAAGCCGGUGACACGGGAUGCUCGGCCAAUCUCCUCACCUUAUCGGGGGCAUCUUGUGGAUCCAGAAUCCAAUGAGAGCUGUUCACUGCAACCUGAGCCAGAAUGGCAUCGACCACCAGAUGUGCCCGGAGGACGUGACAUCACAGCUGGAGGAAGAGGAGGAGUCUGUGGAUGCGGGGACUGUUCUGCUGGACGACGACAGCCCGAGCUACCAGGAUGUCAGCCCCCCGAUGUACCAGCGCCGCUCCCCGCCACACCGCUCCGUCUCUGAGUCUGAGCUGACACGGCCAGGGUACGUGAAGCUGUCCAAGCCAGUGGCCCUGUGGACCCAACAGGACGUGUGCAAGUGGCUGAAGAAACACUGUCCUAAUCAGCACCAGAUCUACAGCGACUCCUUCAAACAGCACGAUAUCACAGGGCGGGCUCUGAUGAGAUUGACAGACAGAAAGCUGGAAAGAAUGGGUAUCAUGCAGGAAGCCCAGAGGCAGCACAUCCUGCAGCAGGUCCUGCAGCUUCGUGUCCGGGAGGAAGUCAGGACCCUUCAACUUCUCACACAAGCCUCUCUGGAGUGCACUCCAUCUUCACCAUAGCCUGACGGAGCAGGAUACCCAGUCACGAAAGGACACAGACGGCCAACACCUAGCCAACAUCCACCCAGUAUGUGAUCCUCAGACUUCUCCCUGGAACCAAUCACAGCUCUCCGCUUCACACCUUUUGGUUUCUGUCCUCGACUUCUCCAAAGACUGAUUUGGAAAAAUACCCAUGCCUUCUUUUCUUCCUAGCCACUCCUCAGCAGCUCCCACGAGUUCUGACUCGUUGUUUCCUCGCAGUCCAAACAAUUCCUCACAGCUUCCUGGAGUCUGACCAAUAGUUUCCAUUACAGAUGUCCCAUCUCCAGUCAUUUCUGACCUUUGCUGCCAAACCUCCACCAGACUUCAAACGCUAUAACUCCUCCACUCCUUUCAUACAUCCCUUUCCCCCCCUUUCCUCAAGAACAACACCCAACAGCCAAGCCCCCCCACCCUCAGCCACCAUUUACCCAGAAUCCAAUGUUUGCUUGGCUGGGUUUCCUGAAAGCAUUUAAACACGGUGAAACCAUUGCCUUGUGGUUGGACCAUGUUUUUGUGCUACUUUGCUUUUACGGAACUGAUCCCAAAUCAUUACCCCCCACUCUUCCAGUAAAGAGUGACACCUACAGUAUUAUUCACAGUCUCUUUGUGGCAUGUUAGCUCCUUCAUCGUAGCACUUUAAUGUGUAUUUUCUCCCAUGCGUACCUUUGUGGUACGAUGCUGAGCCUGCGACUGCCCUACUAAGGACUUUUGGUAAUGAAGAAGAAAAUAAAAGUCUGUCCACAAGACUGCUCCUAUACACCUCUCCUUCCCACACUCUUUCUCCUUAUCUCCUCACAGACUAUACUGCAACAACCGCAAGAGGGUGACACAUUUUACACAACCAUGCGUGUGUGUUUUUGUGCUUUUUCUCUCUCUCUCUCUCUCUCUCUCAUUCUGUGCAUAGAUCCUGUAAACGGUGUUCGGCAAAGCCUGGUGAAGUCUCCGUAUCUCUUCCCCUCUCCAUAUUGUGGAUCGCUCUACUAAUGUAGACAGUAAGCCUGAGAGAACUUCACUGUGAAAACAGUUAGCAGGGGAAUAAACACUUGAACCUGGCAUCACAUUAGGGACGGUUAAGUUGGCUCCCCGAAAAAAAUACAACGUUGUUCUGAAAAGCAAUCUGAAGGCGAUCAAGCAGAACCUGGACAAAAAAAAAAGAAAAAAAAAAGGGGGGGGUGAGCCGCGAGAAGGAAAUUCCCUGUGAGUCCCUAAAAGCACUGUGCUAGUAGGUAAACUGAUUUGGCAACCCCAGAAGGGAGGGGUUGAAUGGAAAAAAAAAAAAAAGGAGCAAGUAAAGGAAAAGGGCUCAGUGAACCAAGAGAUGCUAUAACUUGAAAUUCUUUACUGCUAAUGAGGAGAGCAAAAGAAGAAAAGACAUCACAGAUAACAAAAGAGGAGCCUUUUUCAUUUCCUCACCUCCGUAUCUCCAACUCUUUAUUGCUUUGUCUGCUUUCCAUUUCACUGCUUGAAACUAUUUUUAGAUGCGAUAUAUUGAAACUUGUGCAGAAAGGAGCCGUGCUGUGUGCAAAAGCUCAUCAUGGAAGUGUUGUAUGUCAGUCUGUUAGGAAGAUACCACUGUAUCCUAUUUAUGUCUGAUGAGGAAACUCAAAUCUCUGCUGUCAAUGUGAAUAAUGGCCACUCACUGUUGAUAUUAUAGGUAUAUUAACUGCACUUAAAAGCACAUGUGUCUGUCAUGAAACAAAACAGCUGUUACUUAGAUCACUGUCAUCGUCUCCACUAUGUCUAUGAGUGUAAAUACAUUAUAAAAUCCUGUAGCCAGUAUAAUGACCUCUAAAUAUCACCUGCUGAUUUCAGUGUACUGGAGUGAUAUUUAUCAAAAGCUUGUAUCCACACCGGUGUAGCAUGAGCUGUUGUCACGGUAACAACAUCUUUCCUUUCCUGGAAGGGAGCUGUCAAUCAGAGGAGCAUAAAAUAGCCGCUGCGGUUGGCGGAGAGGGAAUAAAAAAGGGGGUCAACGUCGGCCCCUGAGAGCCAUUGCGUUGUAAUGGGAUUCCAUUUGUACACGGGUCCCUCUGUGUCCAGCCAUUCAUUGUUUGGAUAGCGGCCGUCGCCUAAUGCGGCAAAGGACCUGCAAGCAGAUUGAAUAGUAUUGAUCAGAUCUUUGGGACGUACAGUCAGUCCUCCCAGAUUACAAAAGCCUCAAGCCCUGUGUGUGUGUGUGUGUGUGUGUGUGUAUGUGUGUGUGUGAGAGAGAGAGAGAGAGAGAGACAGUCACAUAGGAAUGGAGUUGUUCAGGCUAAAACACAAGUGGCUAUUUCACGGUUGGGUGGAGAUGCCGUGUCCAUGUCUGUCAAGGCCACGGGAGGAAGGGGAGGGCUGAAGCUUCCGUUAAGUUUGGAAUUUCUCCACUCCUCAAUUUCAGAUUGGAAAGUGUCAACAACUAAACUGGAAGAAAUGGUUUGCAUUGGCAAAAGUGUGAGACCCAGUUUUACACUUUAUAAUACAGGCUAACCAUUUUCAUCAAUUAAAUGAAUUGAGUAUGAUGUCGUUCAAACAACUUAGUCAGUCUAGCUGCGUGGUGGUGUUAAACAAAUAGUUCAACAUUAUGCGAAAAUACACUUAUUAACUUCCUUGUAAAGAAUUAGAUAAGAAGAUUGAUGCCACUCUCAUAUCUACUUGCUAAAUAUGAAUCUACAGCCAGCUGCCUAUUAGCUUAGCUUUUCAUAAAGACUGAGGGAAACAGCUGACCUGGCUCUAGGCAAUAAAACCUUUUGUUUUUCAAAGCUCUUAUGUUCAAAUGCUUCUGACCAUAUCUGAUUAAAAUGUAAUAUGUUUAUUUGCUUUCUUGCCAAGAGAUGAUUGGAUUGAAACCACUGUCAUGUCUGUCCAAUAAACACAAAGCUUCAGUCAGCAGACAGUUAGCUUAGCCUAGCAUUAAGACAGGUUUUGUCCAAUGGUAACAAAAUGUACCUACCAGCACAAUUAGUGAGCUUUAAAGGUGUUUUAGUAACCCCUCAGAGCCAGUUACUAGCUGUUUACCUCCCUUUGCCGCGCUUUCUUUUUAUGCUAGGCUAAGCUAACCGACUAGCGGACCCAUAUGAGAGUAACAUUGACUGAAUGACAUUUAAGUGAAAUUCUACAGUUUGCUUGGAUAUGGUCAGAAGUAUUAAAAUUUACACAUAAGAGCCUGACCAAAACCAACAUCCAUGCGUUCCCUAAAUCUGAUGGGAAAAGAGCAUAAGGCUGCCUUCUCGUGUCUCACAGUAUAUGAACCACUUGCAUUGAAUUUCAUCAUAUUUUGUGAUGGUAGCCCUGUAAAGAAAGUACUCUGUAUUCUAACUCAAUUGCAAUUCUGGACUUCAAUGUGGCUAUAAAGGAUUAUUGAAAGUGUUUGCAUCAAAAUAUAUUCCUUUGUUCUCAAAGGGGCUUUGAAAUUAAUUUGGACAAAUUUAGUACAGACAGUCUAAACUUUGGGUGAAGACAUACAGUUGCUUGCAGGCUCUCUCCAUCACAUAAUAAAUGUACAGUAGCAGUGUGUUUUAGUUAUCCAUAUCCUAGGCUGCAGCACUGUAAUAACCCUGAGUGUAAAGAAAUAUUGAUUCUUUUGUUGUUACUCUCCAGAGUGUAUGUUCCGUACUUGCAGGGAGGGAAGCAAGGGAAUACAUUUUCCUCCAGAGGCAUGAGGGGAAACUUCCCACAGUGUUUCUGGCACAGAUAUCCAGGUAUAACCAGCUUGACAUCUGGCAACUGUGCCAAGGUGUCCGAGGACUUGCCUGAACUGGUUCAGCCCAUAGUCUCCCAGUACCUGUAAGAGGUUUGGCAUGUACUCAUAGACACUGAUACACAGUGCACUGUUACACAAAAGAAUGCCAGACUAAACCUCACACAGCGUUAUUGCACAAGAACUUUUUCACAUGCUGACACGCAAGUAAAAGGCACACAAACCCAGACUUUGCGUAUAAAAUACACGUACAAAAGCACACACAUACACACACUCAGAAUUCUCAACAAAUUAGCUGUAAACACAGUCACAGCCGUUCACACACUUCACAUAAGUUGUGCAUAAACACAAACAUGGCAGACAUAUUAAGCAACAACUCAAACACAAUCUAAACAGAAAGACAAACAAGACUUUUCUUUUCCUCCCAUGUUGACAGCAUGUUUCGAUUUAGUUUUUGUAACCAACAGGCAUGCAGAGAAAGUCUCUACUCCCAAUCUAUCUACAUAUAAGGUGCCUAAUGAUGGAUAUUAAUGAUGAUAUUGAUAUCACCAUGAGUAUAUAAUAAACAGAUUAAUCUUCA